AAACCCAAACACAGACCACUUACCCCCCAUAUUCUGUUAAAUCAAUGAGAGAUCAUGUUUUUGUUUUCUUUUCUAUAGAGCGAGCGCUUGUCAACAAUCGCAAGAUCAUUGCAUCAGUCUUUAUGGGAUAUGGGGGGAAAGAGAUGAUGAGGUGUGGUUCCAUGAUAGUAAAUUGUUAUUCGCUUUAGUUUUGAGUUAGAUCUAAGUGUCGAGUUGACUUACGUUUUCGGUUUAAGUAAUUAAUCCUUGGAAUUCAUAGACUGAAGUGCAAUCUUGCAAGAUUCAAGCGUAUUUUUGCAAAUCCAGGCUUGAGAGGCACAAUUGCCUAUUUCUCGUUGGGUUUUGGUAGUCUUGGUGAACUCAACUAAACUGGAUAAAAGCUCUCUUUCUCAUCUCUCUCUCUCCAGUCCCCCCCGCCCCCCCUCUCCUUCUCUCUCCACUGCUCCAUUGGCGGUUCAAUAUGCCAAGAAAGAAGUCGGUCAAGCCGCUGCUGCUCGUAGGAGACCGCCAUCGCGAGGAAGACGAGGAACCCCAUCAUGGAGGUUGCGACGAUGACGACGACGACGACGCCAAGCCACCCCCCUCCGAUGCCAUCACUUGCCUCAGCCUCCUCAAGCACGAUUUCUCCAAGCCCGUGGAGAAGCUGUCGGAGGCGUACGGGAAGUGGCGGGAGGAGAGGCGGACGAGCGCGUGGCGGAUGGAGCGCCAGCUCCGGGCGCGGUGGGCCCUCGACCAACUAAUCGACUCGGAGCUCGCCCGCUUCGACGCCCACUUCAACCGGUUCAUGCUCCCCGCCCGUCCCCGCGACGUCGGCCGCCUCCUCCUGCCCCCGUGGAAACUCCCCUUGGAGAACGCCGCCCUCUCCUGGCUCGGAGACUGGCGCCCCUCCGCCAUCCUCUCCCUCAUCCCCGUCCUCGCCGCCAACUCCGCCCUCCUCCCCCUCUCCCCCCGCGCCCUCCGCACCCUCGCCGAGGCCGCCCGCCGCAUCCGCGUCCACGAGGCCGUCCUCGAAGAGGAGGCCGCCGAGUACCAGAUCACCUGCGUCCUCGAUCUCCCCUUCGGCCGCCGCGGCGGAACGGGCGGCGGGCGGUGCGCCGGCGGCAGCUGCUGCGGUGGCGGCGGCGGAGGUGAGGAAGAUGGAAAGGGUAGUGGGGCGGGCGCAGCGGCUGAGGUAUCGGGCGCUGGAGGUGGCCGUGAAGGGGGUGCUCGACCGGACCCAGGCGGCGGAGUUCUUGGUGGCCUUCGCCGGGAUCCAGGAGUUGGUCCACCGCCAAGCCGCCCGGUGGAGGGCCCGGACCGGUCCGGUCUCCAUCACCCUCCACGCCUUAAAUGCCGCCCGCUGAGCCGCCUCUCCGGGCUCCGGACCGGGUCCGGCUUCGCUUUUUCUACUGGUUCUUUCGCUCUUUUCUUUCCUCUCUUCUUCCAGAUCCUAGUCUCCUUUGUAGCACAGCGUUCUUGUGUAAGGCGAAGAAAACGUACGUCAAGGAAUCCUUCUUUAAAUGGAUACUACGAUCUUGGAGGUGGUUGGUCCAUGGAUCGAUACUCGUCCUUCUUUUUUUUUUCUUGGUACAUAGAAGAAGAAAAGACAGUACUCGUCCAUUUGCAGCCUUAAUUCUCUAGUCCGCGCACUUUGCUUCAAUUCUUGAGCAUUUAACGCAUGCAUUCCUCUUUUCUAGUGGUUGCUCUUAUUUAAAUUGUAUUUUGGAGCACGCAGUAGUUUUUAAUAUUAUGAGCAUUGGUUUUAGAAGAAAUCAUUGCGUGCGCACAGCCACACUGAUGCGCGUUGGUUCCAUUCAUUGCACGUCCGUCUCAGUGAUCAGCAAUUCAUGGCAUGCACCAGAUGCCAUGCAUGCAGUGAAACGCAAUAAUUUUUUUUGUGUUAUAGGGUUAUGCCAGAGCUGGGUCAGGAUGCCAGUGAAAUUUGUGAAGAACUGGAAAUGCUGGGUGAGAAAUGUUGGCUCGAUAACAAAAGUUGGCUCUUGCCAUUAAAAAAAAAAAAAAA